AUGAUGUCUUUCCGAGGCGCGUGUGUGCUCCUUGCCCUACUACCGCAGGCUUUUCUUGCUGGAGCUGUCCCUACGCCCGGUGGCACCGAUGUAGGCCUGUCACAGCAUAUACCGGAACAGGCAGGGAAAUACUUGCCCUGUGGAUCUAAGGGCUGUGACAAGGGCGACCAUGAUAAGGAUAAUGAUAAGGAUCAUGAUGGGGAUCAUGACGGUGAAGAUGGGGACCACGACGGGGACCACGACGGGGACCACGACCAUGACCAUGGAGAUGGAGACGGUGAUGAUAUAACUACUGUGACAGUCACCGACUGCCCCGAUAUCCCAACAGCAACUAUAACCAUCACGACAGCCACCGACGGCGGCACCGGCACCGCAACAGUCACUGUCACAGACACCGUGGUGUCAAUCCAGACGAGCACCGACUGCACCGCUACAACUACAGACUACACAACCCUAACCACUGAUGGUCCCACUGUGACAAGCACAAUCACAACCGCAGGCCCAACCGUCACUUCUACCUCGACUGUCACGACCGCCGACACAACAGUGACAGACCCAGGCGUUACGACAACAGAAACUGACCACCAGAUCAUCACGGAGACGGAGACAGAGACAGCAACAGAAACAGACACCGAGAUCCAUAUCCAAACAACCACCACAACCACAACCGAAACCGAAACCCAGGACGUCACGACAACAGUAACAGAAACAUCAACAACAGAAAUCUGCACACCCACAGACGAGCCAGACCCCGGCCCAGACCCAGGCUCCGAAACCGACUUCGGCAGCUGCUCAGACCCCUGGAUCGUGUAUUUCCACAACGGAUAUGAAUACGUCUAUAGCACAGUAAACCAGGGCGAUUUCCCAUUCGGCGAGUCCCCGACUAUCCACAGCCCUGGGGCAUUGAUAUGCAAUCGGCUGCAGGCUCCGUGUCAUGCGCCUUCUGAGGUUGUGGCGAGGUGUUGGCAGGUGUUGAGUGAGGUCGAUGGGCUUUCUGGGCCGGAGGCUGCGGAGAGGUGGAAUGAGUUGAUGGCUUAG